AUGGUCAAGAAGCGGGCGAACAACGGUCGUAACAAGAAUGGCCGCGGCCACGUCAAGCCCGUGCGCUGCUCCAACUGCGCUCGCUGCACCCCCAAGGACAAGGCCAUCAAGCGCUUCACCAUCCGCAACAUGGUCGAGUCUGCUGCCAUCCGUGAUAUCUCCGAUGCCUCCGUCUUCGCCGAGUACACCGUCCCCAAGAUGUACCUGAAGCUGCAGUACUGCGUUUCCUGCGCUAUCCACGGCAAGAUCGUUCGCGUUCGUUCCCGCGAAGGCCGCCGCAACCGUGCUCCUCCCCCACGGAUUCGCUUCAACAAGGAUGGCAAGAAGCUGAACCCUCCUCAGGCCGCCAAGGCUUUGUAA